GCCCAGGAUGAUGCUGUCGUGACGUCACUCACUCCGUCUGGUGCCCGGAGAGGCCUCCAGCCCGGGCUCCACUGUCCAGUCCGUGGGACCAAGUCCAAGCUGCCCGGGCCGGUGGGAAGGCCAGCCUGGCUCGCAGGGGCCUGGACGGCUCCGAGGGAAGCUGGGAAAGAAGGGGCUGAGUCCUGGACAGCUGCGGCCAGGGCAGCCGGAGGACUACAUUUCCCAGCGUCCCCCAAAGCCUGGGAGCGAGCCAUUGGGAGAUUUAAAUAGCCCAGGCCCGAGGCAGGGCCGCAGCUGUGGACUCCUCCGCCCCCCUGGCGGCUCCAUUGGCGCCCGGCGGCCACGGUGGGCUCGAUUGGCUGCCCAGCUGGCACUGACGUCCCCGGAGCCGGGCGGCAGCCGGAGGUAAACAGCCAUGUGCAAUCCUCCGCUCUAUAUUUAACCGUGGAGGAGGCAGGCAGGGAGGUGGCCGCUCUGGGGGCAGCUCUUGCCUCGGGGAGAAGGCCCUCGCCGCAGGCCUGGCACCGGCCCUCACGGUGCCAGCGUCGCCAUGCCGGGCUCCCAGAGCCGGGCCCGGGCCCGGGACCGCAACAACAUCCUCAACCGGGCCGAGUUCCUGUCCCUGAACCAGCCCCCCAAGGGGGUCCCAGAGCCCCGCAGCUCGGGUAGGAAGGCCUCCGGCCCCUCGGCGCAGCCCCCACCCCCCGGCGAUGGGGCCCGGGAGCGGCGCCAGUCCCAGCAGCUGCCCGAGGAGGACUGCAUGCAGCUGAACCCCUCCUUCAAGGGCAUCGCCUUCAACUCCCUGCUGGCCAUCGACAUCUGCAUGUCCAAGCGGCUGGGGGUGUGCGCCGGCCGGGCCACGUCCUGGGCCAGCGCCCGCUCCAUGAUCAAGCUCAUUGGCAUCACGGGCCACGGCAUCCCCUGGAUCGGGGGCACCAUCCUCUGCCUGGUGAAGAGCAGCACGCUGGCCGGCCAGGAGGUGCUCAUGAACCUGCUUCUGGCCCUGCUCCUGGACAUCAUGACGGUGGCCGGCAUGCAGAAGCUCGUCAAGCGGCGCGGCCCCUUCGAGACGAGCCCCGGCCUCCUGGACUACCUGACCAUGGACGUGUACGCCUUCCCCGCCGGCCACGCCAGCCGCGCGGCCAUGGUGUCCAAGUUCUUCCUCAGCCACCUGGUGCUGGCCGUGCCCCUGCGCGUGCUGCUGGUGCUCUGGGCCUUCUGCGUGGGGCUGUCCCGCGUGAUGAUCGGGCGGCACCACAUCACGGACGUCGUCUCGGGCUUCGUGCUGGGCUACCUGCAGUUCCGCCUGGUGGAGCUGGUCUGGAUGUCCUCCAACACCUGCCAGAUGCUCAUCUCCGCCUGGUGAGCGGCCGCCUGGUGAGCGGCCCGGCUCCCGGCUGGCGCUGGCGACCUGCCCUGUGCCAGGCCCCGCGUGGGGACAGCCCUGCUGGGCGUCUGCUCUGCAGGGCACAGGUGAGAGCCAGGAUGGCAGGAGCGGGACCGCAUCUUGUCUUGUCCUUUCGUCAUCCUGACUGUUGAGUUCGUGGCGGUGCCCACCGGGCCACACGGUACAACACCUGGCAAAAUACCCCGACCCGCCACCGACAGAGGUGCCAUUCACGGUCAUGGACAGCUGAGGGCCGCACUCUCCGAAGGGCGCCCCUUGGACGCCAGCCUGGGAAGCAAAAGGGUUUUGUGGUCAAAUCCACGUGGGAAAUGCUGCAUCCUCUGCCCCCUGGUGGACGCUCACGGGGUGUGCGUGUGGUAAAGGCUCUGACAAGUCCUGCAGAAACGAUUCCUGUGGACCUUGUACCAUGUUUCCUAAGCUGAUGUGACCACAGCCCUUUUCUCCUGCGAGAGCUGUGAACCCCAAGAAACCGCUGCUUCCUCGAGCUCGUGUGGGAGACGCUGCCCGGAGCUGAAGGGCUGAGGUGUGAGCGGGCCUCUUCCAGCGCCGCCAGUGCCACCGCCUGUGGGCGCCCACGGCCCGUGGGCAUCGGUGCCACUUUGGCCCCCAGGGGCCGGACCCGUGUGACCUAAUAGGUCGUUUCCAAGUCAACCGUUGUGUACGUGCGUCUCAUGUGACAAUACAGAUGCUAUUCAAGGGGA